GCGCUGCGGAGUGCAGAGGACACGCGCCACCGUUUCCCCGGAGCGCGUCCCUGGCCCAGAUGUCGUCAGUCCCGAGUCACGGGUCCUCGCCCUGGAAGCUUACUGUCUCAGAUCUUCAGAUCAUCAGGGAAACCUUGCAGGAGACUAUGACUUCCUAGCUCUGGCACAAUGAGGGCUGGAACUCCUCCCUCCCUGAGCCUCUCUGCCUGUGCUAGCCAGGGGCCUCCACAUCAUGCCUUUCCCUUCCCCUCCAUCCUUGGCGACAUCUACUUUCCAGGCAGGCCAGGAGCUUCUAAGCCCCUUUUCCUCCAUCAUGAGGUGGCCCUGACUUAGCAAGAAACCAAAAGUCCGGCACAGAACUAUAAAUGCUUGAGGGGAAAGAGAGAGACAUGCCACUUACCCUGAUCCAGUCAUGACAGAGGGCAUGUAAGUACCGUCCACACCCCAUUAACAUGUAUAAAUUUUAUCUCAACUUAAAAAUUAAAAAAAAUUUUUAGAAGGCCGCUCAGAGACAGCCAAACAUGCUCUUCUCCUGGCCUCCCACUGAGACUGGCCCCUGAUGUCAUAACUGGGUAACUAUGACACCCUGUCCUGGGACAGCUAAGUGCCUGGCAGGGGAGGCAGAGUCUCAUUUCUGAAGAGAAACUAGGAGAAGAUGAAUAAUUCCCUGGAUUACCUCGCCUACCCUGUUAUUGUUUCUAAUCACAGGCAAAGCACAAACUUCAGGAAAAAGCUUGACUUCGGUCACUACAUAUUACACAAGAAUAGAGUACAGAUAGUGAAGCCUGCCGUCGACACCAAACCUCCGAUGGCACACACACAUUACAUUUUAAAAUUGAGCAAACUCCAGGGUGAGCAAAAGAGAAUCGACAAAAUUGAGUAUGAAAAUAAACAACUGUGUCAGAAAAUCGCCAAUGCCUAUCGAGGCCCGGCCCACGUGGACUGCUGGAAUGAAUAUCUUUCAAAAAGCUUAAACAGAGAAGCAAGGAACCGUGAGCUGGUGAGAAUCACCAUGGAAAACCAGGGCAUUCUGAGGAGGCUGGGUGACCGCAAACCCCACUAUGACCGCAAGGCAUCGGAAGUGGACUGGCAGAAUUCAAGACGCUACAUCAAAAACACAACAAGAUAUCUUCUUUCCCAAGAAUAGGUAGGUCACUUUUAUUACAGCUCAUUGCUACCACGGUUACUCCCAAAGCCCUCCCAAUGCCACGAAUGGCCAACAAGGACCUAGCUCGGGGGAGAAGAAGAUCGAGUCAGGGAGCUCAGAGCUCUUUGACUCUUCCAGAAAUGGGGGGUGUUUUGUUUGUGUGUGUGUUUGUCACCCGCCUUGAGACUUUAUGGGAGACAAAGAGGAAGCGAUCUGUGCCAGUCAGACAUUAACAGAGGGAGGUCGAGAUGGCUCAGCAGGUAAAGGUGCGAGCCUGACGGCGUCUGAUCUCCAGAGCCCACGUAAAGGUGGAAGGAGAGAGAACACACUCCAUAAAAGUUGUCCUCUGAUCUCCACAUGUGUGCUGUGGCACACGAGCCCCACCCCAUAAUAGCUUUUUAAAUAUAAAUAGCUUUUUCUAUA